CAGAGUUUGAGUUCGGUUGAGUUGAGUUGAUUGUCAGUUUCUAUACACAUCGGUUUUUUCUGUAUUUUUUCUCUCUUUUUUAUACAAUUUUCCUGAAUUGCUUUUGGGGUAUGCCUUCUUUUUCGGCCAUUGAGCUGACGAAUGAACAGGUCGAAGAGCUGAAGGAUGCCUUCGAUAGAUUCGAUCUCGACUCAAAUGGCACCCUUUCGGCGACUGAGAUGCGUUUGGCUUUGAUUUCAGUGGGUCACGAGAUCACUGAAGCGGAGCUCUACGAUCUCAUCCGUUCGGUGGCUGAGAGGGAGGGGCAAGAACUGGAUUUGUCACAGUUUAUGAGGAUGUUGGCACCCCGAAUGGCCCUUGUGGAUCACGAUGACACCCUGGGCCGCACCUUUAACCUCAUCGAUCGCGAUCACGACGGUUACGUCAGCGGCCAGGAUGUGCGUGCGAUCAUGCUCAUCAUGGGCGAAGUCGUAACCGAUGAGGAAAUCAAGGAUAUCUGCCGUGCAGUCGAUAUGGAUGGCGAUGGGCGCAUAAGCCUGCGCGAUUUUAUUAGCUUUAUGCAUAGCCCCAUAUAAACUUGGUUCGCAAUAAAAAAUUUAAAUGUUUUCCGAGGGCAAAAGUACCGAAAAAGAACAUCACAUAUAAAAUGUAAACACAGAGAACAAUACUUUUAAAUUUGAAUGUUAUCUGA